CAUCUCUCUGCUACUACCAGUUCUUGUAAAUUUCCCACUUUAGCGUGCGCACCAAAAAAAAAAAAAUUCAAAUGGCUCAGAAAAGCAAGAUUUUGAUAAUUGGAGGCACAGGCUACAUAGGAAAAUUCAUAGUGGAAGCAAGCGCAAAGGCUGGUCAUCCCACCAUUGUUCUGGUCAGAGAGAGCACAGUCUCUGAUCCUGUUAAGGGAAAACUUGUUGAGAAUUUCAAGAACUUGGGUGUCACUUUGCUCCACGGAGAUCUUCACGACCAUGGGAACUUGGUGAAAGCAAUUAAGCAAGUGGACGUGGUGAUAUCAACCGUGGGUCACGGGCAAUUACAAGAUGAGUUCAAGAUCAUUGAUGCCAUUAAAGAAGCUGGUAACGUUAAGAGAUUCUACCCAUCUGAAUUCGGAAAUGAUGUGGACCGUGUCCAUGCUGUGGAGCCAUCGAAGAGUGCAUUUGCUGCCAAGGCCAAAAUCCGACGUGCCAUUGAGGCUGAAGGCAUUCCCUACACUUAUGUCUCGUCCAACUAUUUUGCUGACUAUUUUCUUCCUACCUUGGCGCAGCCAGGAGCCACUACUCCUCCUAGAGACAAAGUCAUUAUCCCCGGAGAUGGAAAUCCCAAGGCAAUUUUUAACAAGGAAAGUGACAUUGGAACCUAUACCAUCAGAUCUGUGGAUGAUCCAAGAGCAUUGAACAAGAUACUCUAUCUCAAGCCUCCCGGAAACAUUUACUCACUCAAUGAGCUUGUUGCCCUUUGGGAGAAGAAGAUUGGAAAAACUGUAGAGAAAAUCUAUAUUCCGGAGGAAAAGUUUUUGGAGGACAUCAAAGAGGCCCCAUUUCCAAUCAAUGGGAAAUUGUCAGUCUUCUACUCAGUCUUUGUGAAGGGUGAUCACACUAACUUUGAAAUUGAGCCAUCAUUUGGUGUGGAGGCUUCCCAGCUAUACCCAGAUGUCAAUUACACAUCUGUGGAAGAAUGCCUCAACCAAUUUGUUUGAGAAAUUAAGCCCUAGCUCUUGUUAUUAUUUAAUAUAAACAAUUAUAGUUGUUUAUAUAUAGGUGAUUUCAUGCAAAGGAUGUCUGUACUUUCCAAUAUCCUGUUCUCUUUAACCAUAUCG